AUGGAUGCAACCAAGAAGACCAAGCGAGAUGGCGCCGAGGUCACCGAAAGAAUUAUCACCGAAACGGUAAUGACAAGACUGACGUCCUUGCCACCGAAAGGGGGCACCAGCAAUGGCUACACAAAAUCAGGCUCUGUCGGAGGAGGGAGCCGGCUGGAGAAGCAGAGCCUGACUCACGGCAGCAGCAGCAGCGGCUACAUCAACUCGAGCGGAAGCAUGCGCGGGGGUGCCUCCACGUCCAGCUACAGAAGGGCGCACUCUCCCGCCUCCACGCUGCCCCCCUCGCCAGGCUCGACCUUCGACAGGAGGACCCUCGGUACCCGCCACGGCGCCUACGAAGGGAGCUCCAGCGGCAACUCUUCUCCGGAGUACCCCCGGAAGGAAUUUGCAUCAUCUUUGACCAGAGGGCGGAGCCAAACGCGAGAGAGCGAGAUCCGCGUUCGACUGCAGAGUGCGUCCCCAUCCACCCGAUGGACAGAGCUGGAUGACGUGAAGCGGCUGCUCAAGGGGAGCCGGUCGGCCAGCGUGAGCCCCACCCGGAAUUCCUCCAGCACGCUCCCCAUCCCCAAGAAGGGAUCCGUGGAGACCAGAACAGUGACAGCCAGCUCCCAGUCAGUGUCGGGCACCUACGAGGCGACAGCCCUGGACGCCCACGCCCCCUCCCACGUGUGGUCCUCCACCCUGCCCGCGGGGUCCUCACUGGGGGCCUACAACAACAUGACGGCCCAGAACACAGCGCUCCUCAACACCAACGCCUACUCCACAGGCUCAGUCUUUGGCGUUCCGAACAACAUGGCGUCCCGCUCACCCACCCUGCACCCGGGGCUCAGCACUUGCUCCUCAGUGUUUGGCAUGCAGAACAACCUGGCUCCCAGCUCGGCCACCCUGACCCACGGCACGGCCGCCGCGUCCACAGCCUAUGGCGUGAAGAAAAACAUGCCGCAGAGCCCUGCCGUGGUGAACUCUGGUGUGUCCAGCUCGGCCGCCUGCACCGCGAGUGUCCAGAGCGACGACUUCCUGCACAAGGACUGCAAGUUCCUCAUCCUGGAGAAAGACCACGUGCCCGCCAAGAAGGAGAUGGAGCUGCUCAUCAUGACCAAGGACAGCGGGAAGGUCUUCACGGCCUCCCCCGCCAGCGUUGCUGCAACUUCCUUUUCAGAAGACACCCUGAAGAAGGAAAAACAAGCUGCCUACAGUGCUGACUCCAGCCUGAAAGCGGAAGUGAAUGGAGACCUGAAGACGGUGUCCACGAAAGGAAAGGCUGCGUAUGCAGGUGGGCAGAAGGGCGGCGGCAGCAGGAUCCGGGGCCGCUUGUGGCCACGCGCCAGACGGUGGCCUGGCCGGAGCCCGGGCCCACACGGGACCCUUCGAGGGAGCCCGGGCCCGAAAGGUGACAUGGGAAGCCAAGGCCCCAAAGGAGAUCGUGGGAUCCCAGGGACCCCAGGAAUUCCCGGGCCCUCAGGCCACGCAGGUCCAGAAGGACCAAAGGGACAGAAGGGCAGCGUGGGAGAGCCCGGCAUGGAAGGCCCCCUGGGCCAGCGAGGGCGAGAAGGCCCCACGGGACCCCGCGGUGAACCAGGGCCUCCCGGGUUUGGAGAGAAAGGGGACAGAGGUGCCGUUGGUGAACCUGGUCCUCAGGGCCCACCGGGUGUCCCAGGCUCUGUAGGUCCCAAAGGGUCCAGCGGCUCUCCCGGCCCCCAGGGCCCCCCAGGUUCUGUGGGUCUCCAAGGACUUCGAGGUGAAGUGGGACUCCCCGGUGUCAAAGGUGACAAAGGACCUGUGGGACCGUCGGGACCCAAAGGUGACCAGGGAGAGAAAGGACCCCGAGGCCUCACAGGCGAGCCCGGCCAGAGAGGUUUGCCUGGCGCUGUGGGAGAGCCCGGGGCCAAAGGCGCCAUGGGCCCCGCCGGCCCCGACGGACAGCAAGGCCUCAGAGGUGAACAGGGUCUCACAGGGAUGCCCGGAACCCGCGGGCCAUCAGGACCCUCCGGAGACCCGGGAAAGCCAGGUCUCACCGGACCCCCGGGACCUCAAGGACUUCCGGGCACCCCCGGCCGCCCAGGGACUAAAGGUGAACCUGGAGCACCAGGCAGCAUCGUGACUUCAGAGGGCGCCUCCACGAUCACUGUCCCAGGCCCCCCGGGACCACCUGGUGCCGUGGGAUCCCCGGGGCCUCCUGGUGCUCCAGGUCCUGCUGGCCCGGCUGGUCUCCCAGGACAGCAAGGCCCUCGAGGGGAGCGAGGACUUGCCGGCGAAUCGUUCCUGACCAGCGGCAGCUCCAUCUCCGAGGUCCUCUCCACCCAAGGUCUUGAUUUACAAGGUCCUCCAGGACCCCCGGGGCCACGCGGGCCGCCAGGGCCCUCCAUUCCAGGCCCGCCAGGACCCCGAGGCCCACCAGCCAGGCUGAGCGUUCCCAGGAGCUUGCUGACCCCUUCGUCCUUUGGCUCCUCCGUGACUCGCGUUGACCAGGCCCCUCGCGAGGGCUGGGACCUCCGAGCCGCCUUUCGGGGAAGGUUCCAAGUUGGCGG